AUGGCACAACCCGGAAUUUUACCUGAUUCACGCACGAAGCGUAAGCGUAACGAAAUCUCCGAAUACAAUCCUCAACAGCACGACAACCAAGCACGACCGACGGAGAUCCUCAAGCUAGGAGAGUCGAGCGGACACACAAAGACCCCGAUCACAAGCACAUCUGCGAUAUACGUAGAUACAUCGAUGCAGGACACAACAGCGGUUGGUCGAUAUGCACCUGUUAGUGCAGCCGUUCUUAAGCGCCUCACGAGUCUUCCAACCACUGUUCCCCUACAUGCAAUCAUGUCGUACGAACAGGCUCAAAAUAUCGUCUUCCACAAUUCUUCUCCGUUGAGUCAUAGUCGACCCGUAUGGAGCACAUCCACUAUGGCUGAUCGCAAGCUUUUUCGGAAGCUUUGCGAAGAAGAGCUGGACAUGAGGAAUGACUCCGUGAGUACCUACGCUCAGCAAGCGCUAACCAGCAAGCUCCCCAGAUGUUCGGUUGCGUUCAAACCUGUCAAUCACGUUGUUAGUGGAGGUGCUCAAUCACACGUCUGGUCCCCGAAUCAGCUACCCUUGAUGUCGAACGAAUAUGGCCAUGAGUUCCUGGGGUUUGACGAGAGCUUGCUGAGCAUUCGAAUGUUUAAACGACAAUAA